GCGGUAAAAGCCGCCAGAUGGCAGUUUAGGAUUGCUUCUCGCAGGAAAGGCGCGGUUCUUCUUCAGGUCUAAUUUACAAUAUAAAAACAUAAACUAUUUAGUUAACGAAUCGCGCCUUUUUUUACUGACGCGUGUCCCGGAUGACCGUGUUUUAGCGGCAGAGGUUAUGUGGUCUGGAGCAUUCUGGGCCUGAACUAAAGAAUUGUUCUCGGGACCCUUCGCUGCCAUUUCAAACACAUUCACGCAUUUGCUGGGUGAUACAUUUCUAGAAGUCACUUUUUUUUGUCAAAAGAACCAAAAUGAUCAACUCAGAAUUUCCUGUAUUGCAGGACUCUUCAAAUGAUGGGCAGAGCGACACCGUGAGUCUUGGCAUGAGUGUCAGUGAGCUGGAUGACUCUGGGGAAGGAAAAGGCAAGAAAAAGAGAGGCAGGCCUGGAAAACAAGGGGUGGCCAGUAAGAAAGCCCGGCGGUCUCCAGUUGAUAAAGGGGGCAGGAGGCCAAAUGGAGUGGCCUAUCAGAAUGGUGAGGGAACAGAACCUGGCACUCUGUUUGAGGUUGUCAAACAAGGCAAAAGUGCCAUGCAGUGUGUCAUCGAUGACUGGAUUGAAUCGUACAAGCAAGACAGAGACAUGGCACUGCUAGAUCUGAUUAACUUUUUCAUUCACUGCUCUGGAUGUAAAGGAACUGUAAGAAUCGAGAUGUUCAGGAACAUGCAGAAUGCUGAAAUUAUCAGGAAAAUGACAGAGGAAUUUGAUGAGGACAGCGGCGACUACCCUCUCACAAUGACAGGGCCACAGUGGAAGAAAUUCCGUUAUAACUUCUGCGAGUUCAUCAUGGUUCUGAUCCGCCAGUGUCAGUACAGCAUCAUCUAUGAUGAGUAUAUGAUGGACACAGUCAUCUCUUUACUCACUGGGCUCUCAGACUCUCAGGUCCGAGCCUUCAGACACACCAGCACACUGGCAGCCAUGAAGCUGAUGACGGCACUGGUGAAUGUUGCUCUAAACUUGAGCAUUAACCAGGAUAACACUCAGAGGCAGUAUGAGGCAGAGCGGAACAAGGCUGCAGGGAAAAGAGCCAAUGAGAAGCUGGAACUGCUGCUUGAGAAGAGGAAGGAGCUUCAAGAAAAUCAAGAUGAGAUUGAGAACAUGAUGAACUCGAUCUUCAAGGGUAUUUUUGUUCAUCGUUACAGGGAUGCUAUAGCAGAGAUCAGAGCUAUUUGCAUAGAGGAGAUUGGAGUUUGGAUGAAGUUAUACAGCGAUGCCUUUCUCAAUGACAGUUACUUGAAAUAUGUGGGCUGGACGCUGCAUGACAGACAAGGUGAAGUCCGACUCAAAUGUCUUAAAGCUCUUCAGACCCUCUACACCAACAGAGAGCUUUUUCCCAAGCUUGAGCUCUUCACCAAUCGCUUUAAGGACCGUAUUGUGUCAAUGACGCUGGAUAAAGAGUAUGAUGUAGCUGUAGAGGCCAUACGGCUCGUAACUUUGAUUCUGCAUGGUAGUGAGGAUGCUCUAUCUAACGAAGAUUGUGAAAACGUCUACCAUUUAGUCUAUUCAGCUCAUCGUCCUGUUGCCGUGGCAGCUGGAGAGUUCCUCCAUAGAAAGUUGUUCAGCAGGCAUGAUCCUCAGGCUGAAGAGGCGUUGGCAAAGAGACGAGGCAGAAACAGCCCCAAUGGAAACCUGAUCAGAAUGCUGGUGCUUUUCUUCCUGGAGAGUGAGCUCCACGAACAUGCAGCAUACCUGGUGGACAGUCUGUGGGAUAGUUCACAGGAUCUACUGAAAGACUGGGAUUGCAUGGUUGAGCUCCUUCUGGAGGACCCUGGGCAAGGGGAAGAGGUGCUUGGAGACAGACAUGAGAGUGCACUGAUUGAGCUCAUGGUCUGCACCAUCAGACAGGCUGCUGAAGCUCAUCCACCUGUGGGCAGAGGAACAGGAAAGAGGGUACUCACUGCCAAAGAGAAGAAGACACAGAUUGACGAUAAGAACAGGCUGACUGAGCACUUGAUUGUUGCGCUCCCAAUGCUACUGUCAAAGUACCAGGCUGAUGCUGAAAAGGUGCCGAACCUCCUGCAGAUCCCGCAGUACUUUGAUCUUGAGGUCUACAGUUCAGGACGUAUGGAAAAGCAUCUGGAGGCCCUUCUGAAACAGAUUCGGGUGGUGGUGGAGAAGCACGCCGAAUCGGAGGUGCUAGAGGCGUGCAGCAAGACCUACAGCAUCUUGUGCAGCGAGGAGUACACCAUCAUGAACCGAGUGGACAUCGCUCGCAGCCAGCUCAUCGAUGAACUCACAGACAAAUUCGCUCACUCGGUGGAAGACCUGUUGCAGGAGGGCGAUGAAGCAGAUGACGAUGAUAUUUACAAUGUUCUUUCAACGUUAAAGAAGCUAACUGCUUUCCAUAAUGCACAUGACCUUACAAAGUGGGACCUUUUCAAAAACUGUUAUCGAUUGUUGAAGAUGGGGAUUGAACAAGGCUCCAUGCCAGAGCAGAUUGCUGUCCAGGCUCUGCAGUGCUCUCAUUACUCUGUCCUGUGGCAGCUGGUGAAAAUUACUGAGGGAGAUCCAUCAAAGGAUGAUUUUGUGGCACUAAGAAGAGUGGUGAAGUCUUUUCUAGCAGUUUGCCAACAGUGCCUGUCUAAUGUGAACACUCCAGUCAAAGAGCAGGCAUUCAUGUUACUGUGUGACCUCCUGAUGAUCUUCAGUCACCAGUUGAUCACAGGCAGUCGAGAAGCUCUACAGCCAUUGGUCUUCAAUCCAGACAGCACUCUGCAGAACGAGCUGCUCAACUUUGUCCUGGAUCAUGUGUUUAUUGACCAGGAUGAUGAAAAUCAGAGCAUGGAGGGUGAAGAGGAGGAUGAAGCCAAUAAGAUUGAAGCUCUUCAUAAGCGGAGGAAUCUGUUGGCUGCCUUCUGCAAACUCAUCAUCUAUGACAUAGUGGACAUGCCAUCUGCUGCUGACAUCUUCAAACAAUACAUGAAAUAUUACAAUGACUAUGGAGAUAUCAUCAAAGAAACCUUGAGUAAAGCCAGACAGAUGGACAAGAUCCAGUGUGCAAAGACCCUUAUCCUCAGUUUGCAGCAGCUUUUCAAUGAGCUGAUCCAGGACCAAGGACCCAACCUGGACCGAACAUCAUCUCACGUCAGUGGCAUUAAGGAGCUGGCUCGCCGCUUUGCACUCACAUUUGGGCUGGACCAGAUCAAAACCAGGGAGGCUGUAGCCACAUUGCACAAGGAUGGAAUAGAGUUUGCCUUCAAGGUCCCAAAUCUGAAAGGACCAGAUUACCCACCACCAAAUCUGGCCUUCCUGGAGGUUCUUUGUGAGUUCUCCUCCAAACUUCUACGGCAGGAUAAAAAGACUGUUCAUUCCUACCUGGAGAAGUUUAUGACCGAGUACAUGAUGGAAAGGAGAGAGGACGUCUGGCUUCCUCUCAUCGCGUACAGAAACUCCCUGCUGACAGGUGGAGAUGACGACCGCCUGUCAGUCACCACUGGUGGCAGCAUAACCAGCAAAGCCAGUACGGUCCGCAGCAAAAGAGGGCGACAGCCACAGCAAAAAAAACGCCCAGAGGACGAGACCAUUGACGGCUCGUGGGUGAUGCGCAAUGACACACUCCAGACUCCAGGGGGCCUCCAUACCCCACAGCUCACAUCCACUGUCCUCCGAGAAAACCCCAGACAGGCAGCAGAACACAUCCCAGACCAAGACUCAUCGGAACCAGGCUCAGAACCAGACUACAUGCACAACCCUCAGAUGCAGAUGUCCUGGUUGGAUCAGCAGAAGAUGGACGAGGUGAACAGAAAAGAGAGAGGGGGGAUGAACUACAUGAAAUCACGCAGUGGUGGAGUGAGACAGCAAGUGCGAGGCCUCAUGGAAGAUGACGCUGAGCCCAUUUUCGAGGACGUAAUGAUGUCAUCACGCGGUCAGUUAGAGGACAUGAACGAGGACUUUGAGGAUACCAUGGUGAUAGAUCUGCCAGCAUCAAGGAACCGGAGAGAGAGAGCCGAACUCAGACCAGACUUUUUUGACUCUACAGCCAUAAUGGAAGAUGAUCCUGGAUUCGGAAUGCAGAUGUUUUGAGAGAUUGCAACCUCUAGGGGUGACCACAACCAGCAACCAACAAGAAUCACAUCGUAAUUGUUUUUGUGUGUGCUGUAACAGCAGUUUCACGCAACUGUACACAAGCAUGUGAGCUUCCUCUCAUAGUUUUGUGAAUUUGGUCGGGCCAUAAUUUCAUUGUGAGCAUUUCCUGUCAGAAUUUCCUUAAGGACCAAGAGAGUCUGUAAAAUCUAUAUUCUGCUCACAUUUUAAUCUUGACAGUAUUGGUUCCUCACCAUAGUUUCUUAAUUUUCUUCUCAUCAUUCAUUGAUUUCUCCAAGCAGAUGUGUUUUGAUCAGAAAUUGUAUGGACAAAUGUUGACUCUUCAUGACUCAUGACUAUUUUCUAGUUACUUUUAAGACUGAAUCACAAAUCCAUGUUGCAGCAUUGGUCAGGGUGAAUCUAAAGAUGACAUGUUGAGGCCAUGAAUUAUUAUUUUUUUUAAGUCUGAUUUUAUCCAGAUGUCCAGCUGGCCUUUCUGCACCCAACUUGUGCAACAUAUUCAAUAUUUUUAAAAUGAUUUUGAAAACUGAUUACAUCUGAUUGAUAAAAAAGCAAAGACCACUUUUGUUUAGAAUAACUAUUACUAAAAACCUUACCUAACAAUGUUCGUUAAAGAAAUUAUUUUGGCCGGAAGUAUAGAUGUAUUCUGUACUUCAGACACACUGGUCAUGUGUUUUUAGACAUGCCUGUUGUUGAAGAACUUGUUUGUUCGCAUUUUAAAUUCAUGUUUAGUCUGCUCAGUGAUUUAACUUUUUACUGUGCGUUUGUGGACACAUUGUAGCUUUUACACAAUGCAGUAAAUGUUAUUGAUCAUUCAUUGGGCUUUCGUGUUCAUCUGAAAAUCCACAGCAGGUUUUUAUAGAGCCUGGGUGGAAUUGAAGAGCGAUGUCCGAACCCUUGUUUAGAAAGGUGAUUUAGAUACAGUUCUGUUUCAAGACCCCAAUCAAAAAGUUGGAUUGUUGUUAUUUUAACCUUUUCAAUGUUCAGACUUUGCUUUUUUUUUUAAAGAAAAGUUUAAAUAAAAGUAUUUAAAAGUA